AUGGAAGGAGCAUGCUCCAGUCAACAGGUGGCUCAGUUUGAGAAUGACACAUUCUUCACACAGGAAGAGCUCAACAAAUUGAAGUCUGACUUUAAAACAGGUGGGGUAGAAAAAGUUAAAUAUCUGAUAGAGCAGAAGCUAGCUGAACUGGAUAAUACAGAGCUUAACAUUGCAGUGACAGGAGAAACAGGUACAGGAAAAUCCACCUUCAUCAAUGUCAUGAGAGGACUUCGAAACACCGAUCCCAGAGCUGCUAAAGUUGGGAUCAGGGAAUCUACAAUGGAGCCAACCAGGUACCCACAUCCCAAUCUGCCCAACGUCUGCUACUGGGACCUGCCAGGGAUUGGAUCCACAAAAUUUCCAUCUGCUACAUAUCUCAGAGAAAUGAAAUUUGAAAGAUACAAUUUCUUCAUCAUAAUAUCAGCUUGUCGUUUCAAAGAAAAUGAUGCAAAACUUGCGAAAGAGAUUAAACAGCUGAGGAAAAUUUUCUAUUUUGUCCGCACUAAGAUUGAUCAAGAUUUUUAUUCAAUGAGAAUGGCGGGGAAGGAAUAUAAUGAGGAAAAUGAACUGAAAUAUAUUCGGAGUGACUGCAUAAAGAAGUUGGGAGAAGCGGGGAUUCAGACCCCAACUGUGUUCUUGAUAUCCAGUUUUGAACAGGAUCGAUAUGAUUUCAAUCGGUUAAAUAAAACACUUGAAGAUGAUCUGCCGAAUAUAAAGAAAAGUGUCUUUGUCCUGGCCUAUCCAAACCGAAGUGUGGACAUUAUUCAGCAGAAAAGCAAGAUACUGCAGAAACGUAUCUGGAUGUUGGCAACACUUUCGGGAGCUGUGGGAGCAGUCCCCGUUCCUGGUCUCUCCUUUGCUUGUGAUAUCAGCAUACUGAUUGGGGCAAUAAUUCAUUUCCGUAAAUGUCUGUGUCUGGAUGAAGCUUCUCUUCAAGGACUGGCAAGCAUCACAAACAAAUCUGUGGAAGAGCUUAAGGCUGUAGUUAAAGCUCCCCUGCUGGGGAAAAUAGAUAAAGAUAUAAUUAGAAGGUUACGUUGGGGUACUACAGCUGUUGCCAUUUCAGCUGUGGAAGUUGGCCUUGACUUCAUCCCUGUCAUUGGUUCCAUUUUUGGAGCAGGAUCAUCAUUUGUCAUGACCUACACAAUACUGACCGAUGCACUGAAGGACCUUACAGAGAGUGCAGAGAGGGUGGUGAAGGUUGCAUAUGACAUUGAUUAA